CGAUCGUGGACCGGUAGGUUAGCUCUAGUCGACACUCGACACCACAAUCCAACGUCGCUCUUCCUCGCAUCUUCGACGUUGCGCGAGGGAUCGGAUCCAAAAAUUUCCCGAAAUUUAACCUCCAAUUGUGUUCUUGAUCUCUCGAUCCCUCCGAGUUAUAUUAUCCAACGAUUUAUUUCGCGAUUUUGUUGAUGAAAGAGCGAAAGAGUGCUUCUGCUUUAGCGCGUAUACUUGCGAAUUGUGCUUCUCAGGCAAAAGAAUAUGGAAGAUGCAUCACGCUGAAGGUUCCAGAGAUCGAACAUCACAUGUGUUCAAAGGAGUUUUUGGCACUAAAAGCGUGCAUGCAGAAUUCGAUCAGAAACAAGACUUGAGGCUGAACUAGGAGAUUCAUUGACAUUGUGGAUUUCCAUGGUCGUGUUUUAGAGAUUAAAAAUUCUUCGUCUGUCAGAUUUAUAGUUUGUGUACUAUAUCAAGCCAAAAUCUGUACCUGAUUUUUAAUGCCAAGAAGACAUGUUUGGAAAAGUAUCCUCCGGUCAAGGCCGAGUGAGCUUGAGUGGUUCAGGUGCCCUCUCUCAUGUCUAUAUUCAGCAUCCUCUCCUUCGAUGCAACAUACCUGAAAUUCAGGGGCUAUUCUAUGAUGAUGGGAAUAAGUUAAUUCUUGCACCAACUUCUGAUCAGGUUUUGUCAUGGAAAAUAGGUCAAUCUACGCAACUCGACCCUCCCAAUUCUGAUCCGAUUGGUGAAGGGCCUGUUGUAUCUAUAAGAUACUCUUUGGAUCAGAAGAUCAUAGGGAUUCAGCGAUCUAACCAUGAGGUCGAAUUCAGAAAUAGAGAAACUGGGCAGGCCUUUUUUAGAAGAUGCAGGCCUGAUUCCGAAAGCAUACUUGGAUUUUUCUGGACAGACUGCCCUUCCUGUGAUAUCAUAUUAAUAAAAACAAGUGGCAUAGACCUGCUUGUCAUUGAGCUUGAAUUGAACACUCUUCAGUUGGUGGAGGCUAAAAAAUUUAGUGUAAGCUGGUAUGUUUACACACAUGAGAGUCGGAUGGUUCUUCUUGCUUCUGGAAUGCAGUGCUCUAUAUUCUCCGCAUAUCAGUUCUCAUCUGGAGGUAUUGUUCGUCUGCCUAAGUUUGAGAUGACUAUGACUAAAUCUGAGGCCAACCAGAAGCCUGUUCUUGCUUCAGAUGAUGUUCACAUUGUUACCAUCUAUGGUAGGAUAUACUGUCUUCAACUUGAUAGAGUUGGCAUGGUUCUCUACUUGUACAGAUUCUACCGUGAUGCUGUUGUACAACAGGGUACUCUGCCAAUUUAUUCAAGCAGAAUUGCAGUGAGUGUUGUAGAUAAUGUACUUUUGGUACAUCAAGUGGAUGCAAAGGUUGUCAUACUCUAUGACAUUUUUCUAGAUUCCCUAACACCAAUAUCUGCACCACUUCCGCUUCUGCUGAGGGGAACAUCUGGUAAUAGUAGGCAAACAGGUCAAGUUGAGGAUAGUCUUUCUACUUCAUAUGGAGGAAUGCUUUAUGGCGAUUCUUGGAAUUUUCUUGUUCCUGAUCUUAUUUGCGAUGUUGAUAAUGGCCUCUUAUGGAGGAUCUGUUUGGACCUAGAGGCUAUUGCGACCAGUAGCUCAGACGUUCCUUCAAUUCUGGAGUUCUUGCAGCGUCGAAGAUCUGAUCCGAGCAUGAUUAAAUCAUUAUGCCUCACAAUAAUGCGUACUGUAAUUCUGGAAAGGAGGGCUAUUACUACAGCUGCAAGGGCGAUAGAUGUCCUUGUUGCUUCUCAUUCUCACGAGAUGAAAACUAAAAACGCACUCCAAGGAGGAGAAAGGAAAACAUCAGAACAAACCCAUAAUUCAGGCAUGAGACAAGAGUCCCUGACCGAAGUAGCGAAGGAACCAACAAAGGGCACGGAGCAUGAACCAGUUGAAAAUUCUGUAGAAUCUACUACAAGGAGAAAUUUGUUGGGCUCAGAUUCUGACAAUGAUACAAGACGGGAAAUUGGGGGAAUCAAUUCAGAACAGUUUCGUGGGAAGUCCUUGCAUGCUUCAGAUAUUGCUGAGUUCGAACAACCAUCGCAGUCUGAAGGACCUGGGAGUAGCCGGCCAUUGGCUUCCCACCAGCAGGGAUCUCAAUCCACUCGCGUUUCAAUUUCACCCAAUGAAAUGUACCACUUCGUCUUUGCACAUGUCGAGGAUGAAAUGGGAGGAGACCCUUCUUACUUGGUUGCUAUCAUCAUAGAGUUUUUACAGAGUGUUUCAAAGGAAAAACUCGCAGUUCAUGCUAACCUUUAUGUGAUGAUGAUUCAACUGCUAGCCCGUGCGAACCGUUUUGCUGAAGUUGCAUUAUUUGUAUCAAAUAAGAUAUUAGAGCCAUCAAAAGAAGUUGCAUUUCAACUUUUAGAAUCAGGUCAACAAAAUUUACUGGCUCGGAAGCUGGGGAGGGAUAUGCUUAGGCAAAUGUCGUUGCAUCAUGAUUUUGUCAUCGCACUAUUGCAAGAUGGAUACUAUCUCGAGGCUUUACGUUAUGCAAGAAAAUACAAGGUCAUCACGGUGCGACCAGCCUUAUUCCUCGAAGCAGCUUUUGCCGCCAAUAACUCGCAGCAUCUUGCGGCGGUGCUGAGGUUUUUCUCAGAUUUCACACCGAGCUUUAAGACCACAUCAGAGUAUGAUAGGGCAUGCUCAUACUGGAUGGAUCUCAGAAAUAGCAGUUUGGGUGUUAGUUGGAUUAGUAAUCAGCUAAUUUAAUUUAGAAUGUACAAAGCCCAAGAGCCUCUUUUUUAGUUUUAUCGUGUGUUGCAUUUUUAACAUAUACUGGUCUACGGAUGAUGUGGUAGACCACGACCAAGCAACAUUGUCGUCGAUGUUCCACCAAAAGGAUAUUUAGUAACUCCAUACUGCGGGCCCUCACCGUCUGUUGCAUAGUAUCCAUAGAACUUGUGCACAUUAGAUGACAAAACUUGUGUGUUGUAUUUGGAUAUACAAAAUCAUCCACAACUUCAUGAAUAGCAGGAUUAUGCAAAAGGGUUCCAUUUGAGUGAGAGAUAUUCUUUUCUCCCACAUUUUAACCCAUAAAAAAAAAAAAAAAAAAAAAAAAAAAAAAA